UCGGCCGCCAUGAGCCACCCGUCGGGCCUCCGGGCCAGCGUCAGUUCUACCUCCUAUCGCCGCACCUUCGGCCCACCGCCUUCACUGUCACCCGGGGCCUUCUCCUACUCGUCCAGCUCUCGUUUCUCGGGCAGCCGCCUGCUGGGCUCGGCAUCCUCCAGCUCCUCGGUGCGUCUGGGUAGCUUCCGCGGCCCCCGGGCCGGCGCGGGCGCCCUCCUGCGCCUGCCUUCUGAGCGCCUCGACUUCUCCAUGGCCGAGGCCCUCAACCAGGAGUUUCUGGCCACGCGUAGCAACGAGAAGCAGGAACUGCAGGAGCUCAACGACCGCUUCGCCAACUUCAUUGAGAAGGUGCGCUUCCUGGAGCAGCAGAAUGCCGCCUUGCGCGGGGAGCUGAGCCAGGCCCGAGGCCAGGAGCCGGCGCGCGCCGAUCAGCUGUGCCAGCAGGAGCUGCGCGAGCUGCGCAGGGAGCUAGAGCUGCUGGGCCGCGAGCGCGACCGGGUGCAGGUGGAGCGCGACGGGCUGGCGGAGGACCUGGCGGCGCUCAAGCAGAGGCUGGAAGACGAAACACGCAAGCGAGAGGACGCUGAGCACAACCUCGUGCUCUUCCGCAAGGACGUGGACGAUGCUACCCUGGCCCGCCUGGAGCUAGAACGCAAGAUUGAAUCUCUGAUGGAUGAGAUUGAGUUCCUCAAGAAGCUGCAUGAGGAGGAGUUGCGAGACCUGCAGGUGACCGUGGAGAAUCAGCACGUGCAGCAGAUCGAAGUGGAGGCGACCGUGAAGCCCGAGCUGACAGCCGCGCUGAGGGACAUCCGCGCGCAGUACGAGAGCAUCGCAGCGAAGAACCUGCAGGAGGCAGAGGAGUGGUACAAGUCUAAGUAUGCAGAUCUGUCGGAUGCCGCCAACCGGAACCAUGAGGCUCUGCGCCAGGCCAAGCAGGAGAUGAACGAGUCCCGACGCCAGAUCCAGAGCCUGACGUGCGAGGUGGACGGACUGCGAGGCACGAACGAGGCGCUGCUGAGGCAGCUACGGGAGCUGGAGGAGCAGUUUGCGCUGGAGGCCGGCGGGUACCAGGCGGGCACUGCGCGCCUCGAGGAAGAGCUGCGGCAGCUAAAGGAGGAGAUGGCGCGGCACCUGCGCGAGUACCAGGAGCUCCUCAAUGUCAAGAUGGCCCUGGACAUCGAGAUCGCCACCUACCGGAAGCUGCUGGAGGGCGAGGAGAACCGGAUCUCCGUGCCUGUCCAUUCCUUUGCAUCCUUAAGUAUAAAGACGACUGUGCCUGAGGUGGAGCCCCCCCAGGACAGCCACAGCCGGAAGAUGGUUUUGAUCAAGACCAUCGAAACCCGGGAUGGGGAGGUGGUGACAGAGUCCCAGAAGGAGCAGCGCAGCGAACUGGACAAGUCCUCCACUCACAGCUAUUGA